AUGGAAGAGGCGAUCCAAAUGCAGACUCAGGAAACACAAAUCGGACAUAUGCCGGUUGUACAGCCGAAGAUGUCUGCAUCGUCCAGUCGUAUUCUAUAUGAUAUUCCCUGUAAGGUAUGUCGGGAUCAUUCUUCAGGAAAGCAUUAUGGGAUUUUUGCUUGCGAUGGGUGUGCGGGUUUCUUCAAGAGAUCGAUACGAAGAAAUCGUCAGUAUGUCUGCAAAGCAAAGUCUAAAGGGGGUUGCAUGGUGGAUAAAACGCAUCGAAAUCAAUGUAGAGCAUGCCGCUUAGCCAAGUGUAUUCAAGUCGGCAUGAACAAAGACGCUGUGCAACACGAACGGGGGCCACGAAACUCAACUCUGCGGAGGCAGAUGGCCUUGUAUUUUAAAGAACCCGAAAUGAUGGCUAGCAUGGUGCCCCCACCAACGACAGCCUUGGAUCUCGCUUUACCCAAACCACCGACAGAAUCUCGAGUCUCCGUAGCUACACCAACGCCUCAUCAUCUUCUUUCACAUCCUGUUUACUGCAACAGCUUGGCCGUAUCGAAGAUACCAGUCAAUAUGGCGGGUUUGCCAUCUCUACCGUUGAUCCCGGCGGUAACGGCGGAGUCGAUCUGCGAACAGGCAGCCAGAUUACUUUUCCUGAACGUUCAUUGGGCCAAAGAACUAGCAGCAGGAACAACCCUGGUCCUGGAAGAUCAAUUGACUCUGUUAGAAUUCUCGUGGAGAGAACUAUUUCUCCUCGCUGCAGCUCAAAUCCUCCCAACGUUAGAUCCAACUACUCUUCUCCCACCCGCUCCUCAUGGGCUCAGUCUGGCAGUUGAAGUGAAUCGAUUUAGGGAGACACUGACUGGUUUUCACGCGAUGAAUCUCGAUCAGCAUGAGUUCGCGUGCAUCAGAGCGAUCGUACUGUUCAAAGCUGGACUGGACAGCGAACCUACGCCAAGCAGUAGAAGUAGCAGUGGAUCAGCCUCUCCUAGUGUUGGAAGUAGACUUAGGGACGCGGCAGCAGUCGCCAGACUGAGAGAUGGAGCGCAACUUGCACUUGGUCAAAGAUUAAGUGGUGCAUCGUUAGGUGCUCUGAGGUUUGGAAAAUUACUCUUGUUGCUGCCUUCGCUCCGUUCCGUUUCUACGCAUGCCAUCGAGGAGUUGUUCUUCAGGAGGACUAUUGGCAUCAUCCCUAUUGAGAGGAUCAUCUGCGAUAUGUACAAAGCUGCUUGA